GGAGAUUUCUUGCAAAGAGAGAAAGAGAGAGAGAAAAUUAGGGUUAGGGUUUGCAGAGAAAACAGAGAGGAAGGAGGAUUUCAAAAUCCCAUCCCUGUAUUGAUUCUCUCUUCCCCUCAAUCAUAAUCUUCUCGGAUCUUUUCAUUGUUCAUCAUAUAUAAUGGGGAUUCAAUCUUAUCCCAUCUCUGAGACUGAAAUGGACGCGACGGAUGAAAUGCACGAAGCCAUGUUCGCCAAACGAGGUUGUUGUUUCCUCCUCCCUUGUCUCGGAUCAUCUCAGCCGUCUGGUCCUCCUAACGGAUCCGUAUGGUGGCAACGGAUCAGAACCGUCGACAAACUUGAGCCUGAUGAGAGGUGGUGGGUCUCCGGGUGGAUGAAGAUGAGGGAAUGGUCUGAGCUCUUGGCUGGUCCCAAAUGGAAGACUUUUAUCCGACGCUUCGGACGUAACCACUGCUGUGGUGGUGGUGGCGGCGUCGACGGCGCAGGUUGUAACCGGCCGGAACAUGUUAGUUUCAGGUACGAUUCGUGGAGCUAUUCGUUGAAUUUCGACGACGGGAAACAGACUGGUCAUUUUGAAGAUGAGUUUCCUUACCGUGAUUACUCCACGAGGUUCACCGCUCCGUCUUUGCCGGUUUCUACUAAAUGCUCCAUUGAUUUCGACAAUGAUAGCCACGCGCCGUCGCUGUUUAAGUGAAGAAAACGUCACGCGCUUCUCUGUUUUUAAUUAGGCUGGCGUCUAACGUGCGCCGCAUUGUUGAAAAGGGGAGAGAGACGUUUUAGAAGAAUAUAUGAGCUUUGAAAUUUUUUUCUCUUUGCAAAGAAAUUGUCUUUUUUUACAACAGCUUUCAUUUG